CGUGGCUACUACAUAAACUUCCUGUGUGCACUUAACGGGCAGAUAGGAAGCGAAAAGCUCGAACACACUCAACCUGACGUCAGUGUGCUCGGAGUAUGCUGCAUAACGACGCGCUGAGCGACCGCCUGAGCGGAGGAGAAGUGCCGGGUCAAGCUACAUCACCGACCUAUUUGCCGUCGUCCGACAGCGGGUCGAACGGAUGGAACCACAGCGCACACGCGAGCAUAUCAAGUCCAUCAACGACGAGGGUUUGCGUCAUACCGUCUCAUCAAGUCUACACUACCCGCUCCACAACGGCCUGGCCUCCUCUUCCUCUCCCACCAGACAUCCAGGGGGAGCGGCUACGUGCGUUUGCUGCUGCACACUGCACCACUGGAUACGUAAAUUGGCGUCUACCAGCUGACUAUGAUCAUCAUGCUCAAGCUUACAAUAUGAUGACCCUAGAGAGAAUGUAUGGGCGGACAGGAAGUGAUAGCCUUGCAAGUGAGACGCAGGGCGACCUGUCGUUACACGACGAGAGGUGUUCAACCACUCCUCAGAUCGCAUCCCGGCCGGCCAGUCUGAUACCCGGAAUACGACUUCCUCAACGACGAGGGGCAAUGCAGUUGUGGGAGUUUCUUCUCGAGCUGCUUGACAAGGAAGGGAAUUCUCAUGUAAUCCAGUGGGUCAACAAAGAAGCUCUUACAUUCCAAGUGAUGGAUCCUGAUUUGUUGGCGAGUGGAUGGGGAGAGGUGAAGGCUCGGCCGAAUAUGAAUUACGACAAAUUGUGUCGCUCUCUGAGGUAUUACUACCAGAAGAAGUUUCUCACUAAGGUGCAUUCCGAGCAGUUCGUCUACAAAUUUCUCUGUCCACCUUCUAUACUGCGGAAAGCAUUGUCAGGGAGGACUCGAUAUCCGGGUAGAGAACUGACACAUCCAUACUUCAAGCCUGGUAGUCCUGGUGGUGUGAAGAGUAGAGAGAGUCAUCGGGAAGACUCUGAGUCUGCAAGCGAGCAGCCUUCGGAGCAUCAGCAGAUUCAGAUCAAAACAGAGCCUGUUGAUGAUUAUGACUCGAUGACGACUGCAGAAGUGCAUGAUCAAAGGCAAUAUUACCAGCAGUGUCAAGAAGAUGAAGAUAAUAAUUAUUGUCAGAGUAGUACAAGCCAGAGGAUGGUUGUUGUGAAGGAUGAAAGAGAUCCUGAGGUGCACAAUAAAGAUUCCGUACUUCCAGAAAAGAUCAAGUAUCCUCAUGGACCAAUGGUAAUCCAUUUGUGGGAAUUCCUCCUAGACCUGAUCAACUCAGCACGAAACAAUGCCGUGGCAUGUUGGACAAACAUAGAGCUCAGCGAAUUCAAAAUCAACAACCCGGAAGAACUAGCAAGGCAGUGGGGCAUCAUCUGUGGCCACACUGGAACGACUAGUGAACAGAUACUUAAAGCACUUGAUUAUUACUGUCAAACCAAAUUGCUUCUUCAAACAGAAAAGCACACCUUUCGCUUCAUCUGUAUUCCCUCACCACAUUAUCACAACUAUGAUGAUGGCAACAACACUGAGUUUCACUACAGUGGUGACUCCGUGUCAAGCCGGUGCACCACUCCUGACACCGAGGACAAAAAACCAGAUUCGUUGCCUCAGAGUCACACAUGCAACGAUCAAGAUACAUUAAAUUCAGAACCUCAUAAUGUCCUACAGAACAUAAAGAAGGAGAAAGGUCUAGGUUCACUGACCCACUCGGGAUGCAUGCCAGACUUCCCACUUGCGUCACAAAUUAGCACGUCUGAUCUCAUAGACAUGGAGAUAUUAGUGGCAGAGCAAGCCAACUAUGAUACAGUCAAAGUGAAAGACAUGUGGGAUCCAACUCGGUGUUCACAAAAGAGCAUUGUCGUUGGCCAAGGACAAUGUGGAUUCCAGUAACUUGAGUUAGUGUCGCAAACAGCAGCUCAGUUUGUGGUAGACUGGAUACAUAAAGGCUGUUGUUCCGCCUUACACUAGAUGUAGAUUGUAAAUUAAUAAUUGACUAGUAAUUUAGUACAUAUUUAUAAAACGAGUUUGACAAUUUCGAUUGCCUGACUGGAAAA